AUGAAGUUUAUUCUAGUUUUGUUUGCCGUCGUAGCUUUCGUAUAUGCAGAGCAAUAUACAGAUAGAUAUGACAAUAUAAAUGUAAAUGAAAUUUUACAAAAUAAACGUUUGGUUAUGUCGUAUGUCAAAUGUUUAUUGGACCAAGGAAGGUGUACGCCAGAGGGUAACGCGCUAAAGGAGCACGUUAAAGAUGGUAUGCAGACAGGAUGCAAAAAAUGUACAGACAAUCAGAGGAGAGGAGCAAGAAAAGUCGUCCGACAUCUUCGUGAGAACUAUGACAAUUAUUUCAAAGACAUCGUUAAGAAAUACGACCCUAAAAAUGAAUAUGAAGAAAUAUACGAAUCGUUUUUGGCCUCUGAUGAUUAG